GGCGCCAUAGCCACGGUAGUCGUGGCGACCAAGCAACCCGGCAACGCGAGUCAACAACAACAACCACCCGGCCGACCCCCACCCCCACCCCCCCCCGUCCGGCCCUGGGACCCUGGCACGCUCCGUCCCCCUCCCAGCAUCGCCUCUGAGACCUCUGGGAAGGCCUUCCGCGGACAGAAGUGGGGAGAAGCCGAGGAAGAAAGAAGAAGAAAAAGCCUUAUUUAUUACCAUUUUCCCCACGGUUGGCAUGGCGACGCAGGCAUAUGCCGCAGAGCUGCAGGCGACCCCACAGCCACCGCAGCCACCACAGGCCGCGCCCCCGCCACCCCCCGCGGCGCCCCAGCCCCCUCAGCCGCCCGCUGCUGCCACCCCUCAGCCCCAGUAUGUCACUGAGCUGCAGAACCCCCAGCCCCCUGCACAGCCCCCCGGAGGUCAGAAGCAGUACCUGACGGACCUCCCAGCUGGCCCCACGCCCUCGCAGCCGGUCAGCACACCUUCCCUGUCCCCCGCAUCCCAGCAGUUCAUCGUGGUCACCGUCUCUGAGGGCACCAUGCGGGCCAGCGAGACUGUGUCAGAGGCCAGCCCCGGCGCCACGGCCAGCCAGACUGGAGUCCCCACCCAGGUGGUGCAGCAAGCGCAGGGGACACAGCAGCGGCUCCUGGUCCAGACGAGCGUGCAGGCCAAGCCGGGCCACGUGUCUCCGCUGCAGCUCACCAGCAUCCCGGUGCCCCAGCAGGUGCUCCCUGCACAGCGGCUGGUGGUGCAGAGCACACCGCCGGGCAGCAAGGCCGGCCCCAUCUCCCUGGCUGUGCACUCGCCCCCUGAGCGCUCGCCCGUGCAAGCUAACAGCAACUCCAGCAAGACAGCGGGGACCCCCGCAGGCGCGGUUCCCCCCCAGCAGCUGCAAGUCCACAGCGUCCAGCAGAGUGUUCCCGUCCCCCCGGAGAGGUCCGUGGUGCAGGCCACCCCCCAGGCCCCCAAGGCCAGCCCGGUGCAGGGGCUCGCGCAGGUGCACGUGGCACCCGAGGUGCAGCAGCUGCAGCAGGUGGCCGGGCCCCACGUGUAUCCCAGCCCCGUGCAGUACGUGGAGGGCGGCGAUGCCAGCUACGCGACCAGUGCCAUCCGUCCCAGCACCUACCCCUAUGCAGAGACGCCGCUGUACACGCAGACCCCGGGCACCGGCUACUAUGAGGCGGCGGGCACAGCCCCCCAGGUCAGCACACCUGCCACGUCCCAGGCAGUGGCCAGCAGCGGCUCCGUGCCCAUGUACGUGUCGGGAGGCCAGGUGGUGGCCAGCGCCACCAGCAGUGGGGCUGCGGCCAGCAAUAACGGAGGCGGCGGAGGCAGCGCUGGAGGCGGUGGCGGCGGCGGCGGCGGCAGCGGGGGCGCCAGCGGGGGCGGGGCCAGCGGCAGCAGCGCUGGAGGCACCUACGUCAUCCAAGGCGGCUACAUGCUGGGCAGCGCCAGCCAGUCCUACUCCCACACCACCCGUGCCUCACCAGCCACCGUGCAGUGGCUGCUGGACAACUACGAGACGGCCGAGGGCGUGAGCCUGCCCCGAAGCACGCUCUACUGCCACUACCUGCUGCACUGCCAGGACCAGAAGCUGGAGCCCGUCAAUGCUGCCUCCUUCGGCAAACUCAUCCGCUCCGUGUUCAUGGGCCUACGUACUCGGCGCCUUGGCACCAGAGGCAACUCCAAGUACCACUAUUACGGGCUGCGCAUCAAGGCCAGCUCCCCGCUGCUGCGGCUUCUGGAGGACCAGCAGCACAUGGCCAUGCGGGGCCAGCCCUUUGCGCAGAAGCAGAGGCUCAAGCCCAUCCAGAAACUGGAGGGCAUGACCAAUGGGGUGGCCGUGGGGCCGCAGCAGGCCAGCGGGCUGUCGGACAUCAGCGCCCAGGUGCAGCAGUACCAGCAGUUUCUGGAUGCCUCAAGGAGCCUCCCAGACUUCUCAGAGCUGGACCUCCAGGGCAAGGCGCUUCCCGAAGGUGUGGGGCCGGGGGAUCUGAAGGCCUUCCAGGUUCUGUACCGGGAACACUGUGAGGCCAUCGUGGACGUCAUGGUGAACCUGCAGUUCACGCUGGUGGAGACCCUGUGGAAGACCUUCUGGAGGCACCACCUCAAUCCACCCAGUGAGGCGCCGCCGCUCGCUGUGCACGACGAGGCCGAGAAGCGGCUGCCUAAGGCCAGCCUCGUGCUGCUGGCCAAGUUCGAGCCAGUGCUGCAGUGGACCAAGCACUGUGACAACGUGCUGUACCAGGGCCUGGUGGACAUCCUCAUCCCCGACGUGCUGCGGCCCAUCCCCAGUGCCUUGACCCAAGCGAUCCGGAACUUUGCCAAGAGCCUGGAAAGCUGGCUCACCCACGCCAUGGUCAACAUCCCUGAAGAGAUGCUGCGGGUGAAGGUGGCAGCGGCGGGCGCCUUCGCACAGACGCUGCGGCGUUACACGUCGCUCAACCACCUGGCACAGGCAGCGCGCGCCGUGCUGCAGAACACAGCGCAGAUCAACCAGAUGCUGAGCGACCUCAACCGCGUGGACUUCGCCAACGUGCAGGAGCAGGCCUCGUGGGUGUGCCGCUGUGAGGACCGCGUGGUACAGCGGCUAGAGCAGGACUUCAAGGUGACGCUGCAGCAGCAGAACUCACUGGAGCAGUGGGCGGCCUGGCUGGACGGCGUGGUCAGCCAGGUGCUGAAGCCCUACCAGGGCAGUGCUGGCUUCCCCAAGGCUGCCAAACUCUUCCUCCUCAAGUGGUCCUUCUACAGCUCCAUGGUGAUCCGGGACCUGACCCUGCGCAGCGCCGCCAGCUUCGGCUCCUUCCACCUCAUCCGGCUGCUCUACGAUGAGUACAUGUACUACCUGAUCGAGCACCGCGUGGCCCAGGCCAAGGGCGAGACCCCCAUCGCCGUCAUGGGCGAGUUUGCCAACCUGGCCACCUCGCUGAACCCCCUGGACCCGGACAAAGACGAGGAGGAGGAAGAGGAGGAGGAGAGCGAAGAUGAGCUGCCCCAGGACAUCUCGCUGGCGGCCGGCGGCCAGUCGCCUGCUCUGGGUCCCGAGGCGCUGGAGCCGCCGGCCAAGCUGGCGCGGACGGACGCGCGGGGCCUCUUUGUGCAGGCGCUGCCGUCCAGCUAAGCCCGCGGCCUCCCCGUCCCAGCCGCCUGCAGCCCACCCCGCAGCUCCUCCACGCCAGACUCCCUCACAGCUUCCAUAGGGCUUUCCGGCCCCUGGCGGUAGGGGGCCUGGAGAAAGGGGGGGCCCAGGGAGCCCCUUCCUGCUGGGCCACGCCAAGCGGCCGCUGCAAACUGACAUAAACCAUGUGCCUUAGGAACCUGCUGGUGCCCAGGUGCCCCUCUGGGCUGCCCCGGAGGCUGAAGCAUAAACCCCCCAACCCGGGGCGCAGGCAGGCCCCCUCCCCCUGCGGAACCGUUAACUUAUUCUGCUCGCUGGCUUUGCACAGCCCGUCCUGGGCCCAGCCCUGAGCCCCGGGUGGGCGCAGGUGGGCAUCACCUGGGGAUGACCCCACUGUCAGCAGCCGCCCUCUCCCUUCCCCACCUCCCUCCUUGGUAUAAGUGCAAUUAAAGCCGUGGGUGUCCAUCUCCAGAGCUGGGCCCUCCCUGCCCCACUGCCCUGCCCUGGACCUCCAGGGGCGCUGACCGCCAGCUGUGGGGCAGGCAGCAGGGGCUUGGCGUCCAGCUUCCAAAGAGCCACCGGCUGGGCCGGGCACUAGGGCAGCCGGGGGUCUGCUGCGGGCAGUGGCGUGCCCGCCUGCGCGGAGUUGGUAACUCGGUGGGAUUCCCCAACCAUCAUGGCCUUAUCUGUCCUGGUUUUCUCAAGUGUUUCCAACCCGUGAGAUGUUUAUGGCAAAAAAAAAGAUAAACAGCAAAUAUGAAGGGAAAGAAGAAAAUUAAGGCAACAUCUGGCCUAAUGUAUAAAAAUAACUAUUGUGUGCGCUCCGCGUGCUACAGCUUUUGGGGCGGCCCGCCCACACCCCUCCCGCGGUGAAAGUGUCCACGCGUGUGUGCUAGUGUAGCGCCGAGCUGUUUUCUACCUUUUGUAGUCUUUCUUAACACAAUAAAUCCUGCCGUGAGAUUUA